CUGUCGGCAACAGAUCUCUCCCUUUCUCUCUCUCUCUAAACUCUCACUCUCCCCCUCUUUCUCUCUCUCUCUCUCUCUAAUUUGGACACACCAGAGAAAACAAAGCGCGUCCCUCCUCCGCCGAAUCGGACCCGUUCUUCCCUCCCUCCUCCGCCGUGAUUCCCCAGAUCCGAUCACCACGUCCGCCCAUCCCGCCUCCAUUUGCCGGAGAUUCUCCGACACGGAUCCGUGAACAAGAGACAAGACAUUCGAGGCUGAGGUGAGAUCGAUUGGGGUGAGGCUUUGGUUGAUUAAUUGUCCGGUGAGAUGAUAGAGAGGUGCCUGGGAGCCUACCGGUGGCGGAGGAUACAGCGGGCCCUCCGCCACUGCAAGGUGACGGUCAUCUGCCUCGUCCUCACCGUCGUCGUCCUCCGCGGCACCAUCGGCGCCGGCAAGUUCGGCACCCCCGAGCAGGACUUCAUGGAGAUCCGCGACCACCUCAUCCACUCCUCCCGCAAGCGCGCCGAGCCCCACCGCGUCCUCGAGGAGGUCCAGCCCCAGCAGCAGACCACAUCCUCGGACUCUGCCUCUUCCAACACCAACAACGCCAACACCAACAGCUACACCGAGUUCGACAUCAACACCAUACUCAAGGAUGAGGGCCCGGACGAGAAGCCCGACCCCAAUAAGCCAUACUCCCUCGGCCCUAAGAUCUCCGACUGGGACGAGCAGCGCGCCCGGUGGCUGAGGGACAACCCGCAGUUCCCCAACUUCAUCGGGCCGAACAAGCCCCGGGUGCUCCUCGUCACGGGUUCGUCCCCUAAGCCCUGCGAGAACCCCGUCGGUGACCACUACCUCCUCAAGUCGAUAAAGAACAAGAUCGACUACUGCCGCCUCCACGGCAUCGAGAUAUUCUACAACAUGGCCCUCCUCGACGCGGAGAUGGCCGGGUUUUGGGCGAAGCUGCCCCUGAUUCGGAAGCUCUUGCUCUCCCAUCCCGAGAUUGAGUUCCUCUGGUGGAUGGACAGUGAUGCCAUGUUCACUGACAUGGCCUUCGAAGUGCCGUGGGAGCGGUACAAGGACUCUAAUUUAGUGAUGCACGGAUGGAACGAGAUGGUCUACGACCAGAAGAACUGGAUCGGACUCAACACGGGUAGCUUCCUGCUGAGGAACUGCCAGUGGAGCUUGGACAUUCUCGAUGCUUGGGCACCGAUGGGCCCCAAGGGGAAGAUUCGGGAGGAGGCCGGGAAGAUCCUCACCCGGGAGCUCAAGGGCCGGCCCGUCUUCGAGGCCGACGAUCAGUCGGCGAUGGUCUACUUAUUGGCCACUCAGAGGGAUAAGUGGGGCGGCAAGGUUUAUCUCGAGAACGGGUACUACUUGCACGGGUAUUGGGGUAUCUUGGUAGACCGGUAUGAGGAGAUGAUUGAGAACUACCAUCCGGGAUUGGGUGAUCACAGGUGGCCACUCGUGACCCACUUUGUCGGGUGCAAGCCCUGUGGCAAGUUCGGGGACUACCCUGUAGAGAGGUGCUUGAAGCAGAUGGACAGGGCAUUUAACUUUGGAGACAAUCAGAUACUCCAGAUAUAUGGGUUCACCCACAAGUCCCUGGCAAGCAGGCGGGUCAAGCGGGUGAGGAACGAAACGAGCAAUCCGCUUGAGGUCAAGGACGAGCUCGGUUUGCUUCACCCGGCAUUCAAGGCUGUUAAGGUGUCGUCAUCGUAGAAAGGAAAGGGGGUAAAUUGAUAUUGUUGAAUGGUACAAUAAGAUUGCACCCAGGUUACUUCUAUGUGUUAGACCAUGAUAUUCUUUUGCUUCUCUCUAAACGAUAAAAGUCUUCUUACUUGUCUUCGACGAGGGAAAUAGAUUAAAUUUUCUGUAUGCAGUUUACAAAAAUUUUUGCUGAUUGGCAGGUUUCAUUUGUUUCACGACCAUGUACCAUGUUGUCAAUGUUGGAUUCAGUUGAUGUAAAUCUUUUAUCACUGCAUUGUGAUACUUGAGGAGAUAGCUCUUAGUUAACCAAUUUGAGCUUCUUGUUGUUUUCUUGACGUUGAUAAUAUCUGCUAUGAUUGCCAAUC